CGCUUCGCAAGCUAACAAAAACCUGCAAAUGGGAUACAGAAGAGCAAGAGCCACCCGCGGAGACAGCUACGAAACGAAAAUCGUUCGGUUCAUUCAUUACGGCCGCAAAGGAAUCUAUUUCUACUUAUAUUUCAGAAGACAAUGAAUGAUUAUCACCACGUGGUCGAGAAGGAGAUGAGCUCUAGUAUCUAUGAGGAGAAUGAUGGAAAGAGAUAGAUUGUAGGUGUACGCGUUAGUUAGUAAGUUAAGUAAUUAUAGAAACCCGAACAUAAUGCAAACGACUGCGUGACGAGCUCUAGUAUAGGUAUUUAAGUCUAGUAGUUGUAUUGAACGAAGAUUGUACCAAAAGUAUCCCUUCGCGCCGGUCUGCCUAAACCUUCGAGUUUGCUUAGGAUUUUUUCGAGUUUGCCCUUUUCUGUCUAAAUUUAAAAUUUAGGCAGAAAAGUCGGAGGCUUAGGCAAGGCCCCCAAGGGAUCCUUUUGGCUGAGCUUCGUUCCAUGCAACUACUUGUACUAGAGCUCAUCUCCUACUUCGAUUCAAAUUGCUCGAGAAAGGCGAUGAGCUCUAGUAUAAGUACUAGUUGCAAUUCAUUGAAGUUCUUGCACUUGAAUGGUUCUGGAAUUGGGUAACCUGAUUUUUGAUCACAAGGGGAAGGGAUAGGAAGACGAGAACCCUUGGGAUCAAAUUCAUGUUCCCAAACACCGGAGCCAUUCAGUACUUCAAAUAGUUCUAAUCAAAACGGGUUUUCUAUCGUGUGGGAAAGCAUGCGCAUGAAGUCUCCAAGGCUAAGAUUCCUGAUGGAGGAGACGGGGACUCGGUAGAUGUGCCAGCUCGUUUAAAGGCGGCGCGCCGACGAGGACACGUUUUGCUGGGAUAUGAUGACACAGUUAGCGUUAUGGGAGAUCAAGGUCAACAUUAGCAUUGUAAAAAUGGUAAAGUCGUAACAAAGAGCAGUACUACUGGAUGCGUUCAUGAUCAUGGUACUAUCACGGAGACAGUGGCCCUCCUACUCGUCAUUUCCGUGAUGUAAAUCGCGUUCGUUUUACUUCUUCUCGUUUCUCGUUCUACUUGUAAGUACUUACACUAACAGUUCUUGUACCUCAUCGUCAUCAGUCACUUUCUGAUGAUGACGUCGGUAAGGUGGAACGCUAGAUGUAGGGUUAUUGAAUUUUUCCUCUACUACUAUACUACUACAACUUCUAACAAGAAGGAUGCAUCGGACUAUAGUGGUCAGCAGAGUGUGAGUCUGACUGUCGCGUCCGUUCAAGAGGAGGAAGAAGGCAGAGCAACAGUCACUCACAUGCAGCAACAAAAUGGUGGAGAAGAGGGCGGAGGGGAACACCAGAAGGCAUCGUUUGUGAGCAGGCUUCUGUUAAGGCUAGUGCAAUCUGAAUUGUGCAAUGUAGUUGAUGCAAUGAGAGUGAGUUUGUGAACAAUAGUACCUCGAAAACUGAAAAUAGCCGAGUUACUGACUGAAAUAAGGGAGCCAGCUUUGACAGGCCUACUCUUCCUUGUAGUUCAGUAUCUCGCUUAUUUUAAGUAGUUACUCGCGUAUUUCAGUUUAUCGGAAAGUGAAAGUCAGACCUGGCAUUUCCGACCCUGACCUUGAGUCUUUUCUUUCUUGUUUUAGAAUCCCACAUUUAUGGUACAAUCAACGCUAAUUUUGUCAUCCCUGGGGAUCACCAUUGCAGAAGAAGAAGGAGAAGCAACGUCACAAAAAGCACGAACAGAGUCAGUUCAUCAGCAAAGCCCAACUACAGCGGCCACAGAAAACUCAUCAGUGGAGGUAGGAGUGGCACACGAAUGGAACGCGAUGCUCACAAGGGUAGAGGAUGACUGGAAAAGGUUUUUGGCUGAGUACGCCGCCAACUUCGUCUUGGAUCUCGAGUUUCUCGUUUACUUUGUUAAGGCCACUCAAAUGCUCUCAAAAAUUCUGAUUACAACAGGGAUUCUUUCUUUUUCUAACCUCAAUGAUAAAAAAGGCGCAUACACUCCCGACGCAAGACGAGCAUGGAGAUCUCGACAUUGGAAAGACAAAGGGACGACGCCGGCUUACGAACACCUUCUGAGAUUUGCAACGCAGGAUGUUGAAGCCCCUAGUUAAGGAUUGAAGAUGAGCCAAAAUCCAUUUCCAUCUUGAAUCUGCAUUUGCCCAAGAAUGAAUAAUAUUUAUCGUAUCAAUAAAUACCUCGUUAUUCCUUUUUUUUUUUGAUCAUGAAACAAAGAGGUGAAAAAACCAUUCAAUAUCUCGACGUUAUUCCUAUUCCUAUCUUAUCCUUGCCGAACAAGAGGCAAAAAAUGAAAUUAAAAAACGAUUAGAAAGAGGCACCAAGAUAGUCACGACGAAGAAGACGGAUUUCUACAUAAGGUGAAAUUUGAAUUUCUAAAUUGGAGACGAGGACCACAUUGUUCUUCGGGCCACAAGUGUGCCGCAAUACUCUGUGCUGGCAGCAUCUGCGCUUUCGUCUCAAUGGGGCGGUUCGUCAUUGGGAGUGCAACCUUCUGCUAGAUUGGAAAUUGCCCCUUUCUUAUGUUUGGAUGAAUGGUUCCGGUAUUUUUGGUAUAGCCUGAAUUUGAUCAUAAGGGAAAACAAGAAGAGAACCCUUAGGAUCAAACUCAGGUUACCAAAUACCGGAGCCAUACAUUGGACAAUAUUACAAAAGUAUAUUUAUUUUUUAGUAUAUAUAUUUAUAUAUAUGACGAGUAUAUACGUUGUAGAUGAUCAUGAGAAGGUGUCGUGGUCGUUGACGCUGAAGAGAAGGGAAAGCAUCGAAUUCGAAAUACAUCACAAAGACCAGCUCUAAUUUUUCUCAGUCCUGCGUCGCGGUUUUCAGGUCCGAUGGCUCUCCUUGGCGAAGUCAAGGAAGAUGGAGAAAGUGAUACGACCGGCGCGAGCAAAGUAGCAGACCAUGAGCAGCACAGCAAAAACUUGGCGCUCCGCAGGAUUCGGGAGGAGGAAAAUUUAAGGCAGCCCAUAAUAUAACUCAUCUUAUACUUCACAAAGACACACAGGGAGGGACGUGAGAGCGCUACUUUCCUUUGAUGUUUCCUCUAUUAUCUAGGAAGAUUCUGAGAUUCACAGUGAGGACGCGUGCUUCCCUUUCUGAUGUUUCCUUGUUCUAGGUUGCCUACAUGAAGAAGGAAACAAAAAGGCUCACAAAUUUCUACUAUGGACAACGUGGAAGAUGAAUUUUUGUGAGAUCUAAAAAGUCGGAUGAAGGGAGUUGUCAUGUCCCAACUGCAACGAGGGCAAGGUGGUGGAAAUGGUGACAACAAGAAACGAGCUUUCAUGUACAUCACUCUCUACGAUGAGGAUGAGGCGGCUCUAUUCUUAAGGCUGCCUAGCAUCCGAUGUGAAAAUUUUUAUCCGAAAUAAAAUAAAAAUAUCUCUAUUUACUUCCUAGUAUAAUUUUUGCUGUUCUUCUGUCUUUGUGUUUGUGUACUUAGUUGUUAAUUUGUCUUGAUGAUUUAUCGUGAAUGACAUAUAGGCACAAGUUGAUAUUUUUGAAGGGAAUCCCCCGUCCCGACCCGUACGCGUACUAGCAUGGGUAAGUACUCACUGACGAGGACUGUAUCAGGCUCGAAUUUUUGGAGAGCAUAAUCAGGCGUAUAAUGGGCGAAUUGUGGAGAUCGUUCCUUUCACCGCGAACGCUCCGAAACAAAAAAUGCACGAUACCGCUUUAUGAUGUUGAAAAGUAAGUAGUCGGAUCCGAGGUCUCGACUUCUCUGUACAUUCAUAGUCCCUAUCUUCAAUCUAAAAAAAUCUAUUCGAUUGUUGAUAGAUGAUGAACAAUCUCGAUCUCGUCUGGCUCUGGGCUUUUCAUUCUGGGUCUGGGCUUUUUUUUAUUUGCCAUCCGUAGGUAAGGAGCGCAGGGCUUGACACAAAAGUUUUCAAUUUCAUCUAAGAACGCACGGUAGCGCUUGUUUGGACACGGCAUCAGAGGUUGCGAGCACAGGUCCCAGCACCGUAUUUGAGUACGGAGGAAAACGAACGCGCGCCAAAAUCCGCAGGAAUGCAGCGAACGGCAACAAAAAAGUAAUCAUUAAGUAGACUGGAUCAUUAUGUUGAUCAUCUUCAGCAAAGCACAGUAUUUGAUUAUUCUCUCGCUUCUCUGUGCUUCAUCAAGAAAGCAGAUAGAGACAUAAUUAUCACGACAACUUAACAAUCUAUGUGAAUUUUGAUCAUUUAAUGACAGAAGUAAGAUGAAGAUUGUGGAUCAUGAUCUUCCCGUCUAGAAAAAUCCAAGUAUGAAGCUGCAUGCAUAGGCUCUAAUCUCAAACAGCAGGACUAUACACUGCAGCAACCGCAUCAUACCUAUUUGCGCUCUCUCUUCGAGGAUGCACGUAUUCUCAUGAAACGGCUGGAGGAGUACCGAGAUAAGCAGGAGCAAGAAAAAAUAAAGAGGAGGCGUGGCGCAUUCGCACAAGGAGGACAGCCAGAGUACAUUAAGCGUACGUUUCUGCUUUUGGUGUUUGUUCGGUGUUGCUGUUCGCGUUUGUUAAUAUGGUCCUUCUAGGGGAGAACCGCAACCGUUUGUAGUUAAUACGGGUCUACUAUGGGAGAAAUGAAGCGCAACUUCUCAUAACGGGAACAAAAGAAACUGCACCAAAGCAAAACCCUACCUCUAAUUGCAGCUCGUUUCCAGUUGAUGAAUUCUUUGGGUGGGUGGCCUCCAUAUCACAGCCGUUAAUAUACGGUAGUCGGCCGCAGUUCGUGCAUGACUUCUUUCAUUCAGGCAGAGAGUUGGAUUAUUUUUAUCAAGUGGCAGCACCAGCAGGAGAGCCAGAACCUCUGUAUAACGAUGUUCAACAAGUCCACCCGAGUUCGCCUGUUCAACAAGUAUUCUUUCAACAGAUGUUGACUUCGUCACUAAUGGCUCAACAUGUACAACAAGAAGGCUUUUUUGGUUUUGGAGCUGGAGAACAUGAUCUUCAGUUCUACAAUCAGACGCAGCAGGAGCCUGAUGGAACAUACGUCGUGGCUGAUGGUUAAGGCUCAACUUUCAUUGGUCAGCAUUUAGUAGAUUGGAGUCGCUGUUGACAUCAUACGUAAGAGCAGGAGAACCCCUGAGAGAACAGGGGAAAACUAAGGGAAAGGGCGGAAGCUCUGUAACAAGGGGCCUUGUUGCUUCAUCAGCACCAGUGACCAAUGAACUUCGACCUCUAAGAUGGAACAGCAACAGCUCCACGAGUUGUUAACUCUCCUUCUCCUUCACAUCCGCUAGGUGUGCUUCCAGAAGGUCGGGAGGAUCAUCACGCUUCGGGAAGUCAGUUUGAUCUUCCGACAGCAGGAGGUACUACAUAAAAGGAAGUACGUACGACCUUCUGCUUUUAGAGCUAUUUCCUUCCUUGUGGUUGUGAAUGUAAUAGUCUAGACUAAAAAAUAUACUACUGUCGUGAAAGUAAGUAAUAAUGCACUAAAUAGAUGAACAUCAUAGCUAGAUAUGUUCUAAGAAAGACGGCCACUCAGUAGACCAGGAGGAGUGCUCGCCUAACAUCUUCUAGUAUCCUAUUAUGAUUGUCGUUGUCCCAUGAUCCUACCGUGACGAACCAGCAGUCCCACCCUUCGCGACAAAUUUUCUUUCUAGAGGUUCAGGUUCUCCUUUGGGUAAAACACAAUACAGGAGACGAAGUGCGGCAGCUACCGAUUGCGGGCAGACGUGUUGUAGACACCAGUGCAUUGUUAUGGCAGUGGAGGAGAAUAGAAAUACUUACACCUACAUUCAUUAAGUCAUCUCCAAUGCCAACACCAACUAUGCACUAUUUUUAGUAGUUUUAAUAUUGAUCAUGUAGUUCCUGUCAGUUUGUUCUUGUUGUAGGAAAUACAUCAAAUAGAAGGUCCUCGUCAUAUUAUUAUUAAAGUAUUUUUAGGUGCCGAAGGCGAAGCUUGAACUUGAUGAUGGAGUCUAAAACUGAGAAGACAACAUCAACCGGGAGCAGAGGUACUAGGGGACCACGAUGAUGAAGAGGAUUUAGAAGGCUCAUCGCGUCGUACUCGCGGAAACUCUGCACCAUCGACAACACCACUUAAGGGUAGGCUAAAGGUGCUUUUCUUACCGCUUUUUAUGCCUCUCCUACGGGAGAAAGGCAUAACAAGCGGGGUAAGCGAGCACCAAAAACCUACCUCUAAACCACACCAGUCGUAUCGUCCACAAGCCUAUCCACCACAGCACGAGCAUCCGUCAGAGGGACGGCAAGCCUAUCCACCACAGCAUGAGCAUCCGUCAGAGGGACGGCUCGGUCCAGGACAGCAUUUCCAAGUAAAAAACACCUUCAUCGAGGUCGACGCGACAUCGCCUGGUAGUGGUGGCGAAGACUCAGGUCUUUGGCAAGGGCAGAGUACUACUAUCGGUAGCUUUGGAAAUAAGAGGCGGGCAUCGUCUGCGCCGCCCUUGCUCCAGGGAAGAAGCCGCUUUUUACAGUAGUCUACUAGGUCGAAGUACCUAAGUAGUGAACUACAGGACAGGUGGAGACACUUAAUUAGAGUAGUGGAGAUCGAUGAACUGCUACUCAUCUGCUAAUAUGACGAGCCACCUUGCCGUUUCAGGUCUUGGUGUAGUGGAAGACAAGGGGGAAAAACAGAGUGAGCCCGCUCAGGAGCCGCUGAGUAAUUCUAGGUCAUGAAAUUAUUAUUGUUCUUUUGUAUUUUUGGAAGAUUUUCUAGUACAGUACAGGUGGCAAUGAUCCAUCAGUACUACAAGUGGAAAUGAUGUGAAACUGAAUAACAAGUGAGCUUUUUUAUGCGGAGCAGGGAGCUCGAGCUAGCUUACUCGCGAUGCAGCGGGAGCAGCAAGAGACGAAUGCAAAAUAAUGCAUAAUGCCGAGGCUUCGAAACGUCUUAGUGUUUCUGUUUUUUUGCGGCAUUUGAAGAGUUGAGUACAGUGAGCUUUAAUACUCGAUUUGCUUGAUUGAAGAUGUUUGAGUUUCGCUUAUUUUUUUCCGCAUCGACAAGGAUAUGAAGAGCAAGCACGAAUGACAUAACGGCACAAUGAUUGAAGAUCACGACGGUAGGUAAAGGUAUGCCACCUCUACUACAUUUACAUUUGCAUCAUGGGAUAUUUAUUACAACUAAUCUUGCGUUGCUUAGGUUGCAAGGAUCAGAGGGACAAUGACUGUCAGCUAGAAGGUAAAAAAAAGUGAAAGUGAAUAUCAAACAGGGCUCGUUUAUGCUAUACAUAGGAUUCAGAUUCAGAUUAAUUGUGGUUCCGUUUAUUUUGGUGUUUCGUUCUCUUCCACAUGCGACGUAUCUGUACCAGUAUUUUUUCGCUCUGUAAUUUUUAGAAUGCUGGUCAGAAAACCGCGCACCAAUACCGAACUCGGGAACGGGAUACUUAAUAGACGUAUCUUGGAAUGGGACUUCAUUAUAGUUUGUCUGUGAUUAAAGGAUGAUAAACACGCGAAAGCAGAUGCAAUCCCGUGAUAUCACGAGAAUAAAGGGCACUCGUGGGAAAGCACAUCAAGGACCAAAAGCACACAUAGGAUGAUCAUGUGAGAAACACAAGGACCACAUGCACAAGAUAGAAGCAUGACGGACAUGGAUAAAAGCGUUGCAUUAAUAUCAUUAUACACGACAAGAUGAAUGACACGGCCAUCAUGUUGUAUGUUGCUUUGCGAGCACGAACAUUUAUCCCCAAAGAACUGAAGCAAAUCAUUCUUCAUCCCUGAUUUUGCAAGAAACGCAUGUUGAACAAGCGAAAAGUUGCUGGUUUGUCAGAACAAGCGAAGGCACUG